AUGGCGUGCCUAGCAACUCUAGCUAAUGCCGUUCGUCGGAGUAGGAAGCGGAGGAUGGAGCCGCUCUACUGCUGCUGGAGGAAGGGUGGCGGCAGCGAGCAACACCCGCCGUCGAUGAUGGAGAUGUCUCUGGUGCUGCAUGAGGAAGUGUGGCGCAGCUCCGGUGUUGGUCGAGGAAGAGGGAUGCGGCUCUCGUUCUGCCGUAGCAAGCGCCGCUGUAUUGGGCGCGUUGGGAAGAUCUUGGCGGCCCUUACCGUGUUCUUCCCGGUCGACGAGGAGGCCCGGCGCUACACUGCCUCCCCGACAUCUCUCAAGACCCUUGUCUCGGUGCUCUCCCACGGUGACCUUGCCGCAUGGGCCAGCGCCGCCAUCGUCCUCCACAAGCUCGCCUCGUCCCCCGACUGGCACACCGUCGACGUCAUCUCGAGGACGCCCGGUGUGUGCAGCGCACUCGUCGGCCUCGUCAGGAAACCCAUGUCCCCGCAGGCCAACAAGGCCGCGCUCAUCACGGCCUACUACCUCGUCUUCGGCAGCAACCGCGCGGCCGCCAGCUUCGCCGAGCUAGGGCAGUGCUCGUCUUUGUGGAGCUCGUCCUGGAUGCUGACAAGAGGACGAGCGAGAAGGCACUGGCCGUGCUGGACGGCGUCUUGUGCUGACACCGGCCUUGAGUCCGUGCGUGCGCACACGCUGGUCGUGCCGUGCUGGUCAAGAAGAUGUUGCGUCUCUGCGCUCUGGCGCCUCUGCUGUGCCGCGGACACUGGCGCCGGCGCGUGCUGCGACGAGGCGCUGCGUGUGGGCACCUUCAAGAAGCUGCUCCAGGUGGGCUGCGGCGGCGUGACCAAAGAUCGGGCCAACGAGCUGCUCAAUGGUUUCAGGGGCAGCGUAGAGUGCAUCGAGACGGUGGACUUCAGGGGGCUCAAGAGGCCAUUUUGA